AUGAUAAUAGUUUCAAGAGGCUUCUCUCUUUACUUUUUUCUUUUGUGGACUUUUUUGCUAGUUCUAGUGGUCUAUUUCUACACCCUACUCCCGGAGAAUGAGGUGAAUGGGACACCAGUUUUUGAGGAAAGAAAGUUCAUUUCGAGUAACUUUGCAGUUUCAAAACAAUUAGGAAAUAAUAUAUUCGAGCUCGCUUCGAUACUUGGCAUAUCACGCGUGCUUCAUCGAACUCCAGUUAUUUUUCUGCAAAAUUCCACGUACCAAUAUAUGCUGAACCGGGUGAUUCAAUCAAUUCCCGGACUCUUGGAGGAAUUUUUAGUGCUCAAUGAAACAGUUCCCGAUCAAGUUGUAUGGGUAGAUUUUAAUCGGAAAUGUUGUACUUUUGAAAAUCCACAAAAGCUGAAAAAUUGGAAACUACAGGAAAAUGAAAUAAUCUACUUAACUGGGUUGUACUAUCAGAGUUUCAAAUACUUCCCGAAUAUGCGAUCCGAACUACGUGGAUUCCUUGAAACAAGCGAAAAAUUUCCAACACUACCGAAAUCUGAUAAUAAAAAUUACGUCACCUGCGUGCAUAUCCGGAGAAGCGACUUUUUUGACGUUGGAUUCCACGUGGGAAGUGAGAAAUCAAUAAGAGAAGUGAUAGGAUAUAUAAAAACAAACGUAACGCUGCUCCAAGAUCAAAAAGUGAGUUUCGUAAUUUUCGGCGACGACAUCAACUUCAUGCGGAGCCUAAUUCAAAAUCAGGUAAAUUACUAUUUGUCUGAAAAUUCUGACAGCGAAGAUUUAGCCUAUGCCAAGAAGAAUUGUGAUGCCGUUUUCAUAAGUUCAGCGCACUCGACCUUCGGAUGGUGGAUGGGAUACUUGUCAAAAGGAAAUCAAGUUUAUUAUGCUGAUAUUCGGGGAACAAACGACAGUGUCUAUAAAACUGGAGAUUUGAAACCCGACGACUAUUACUUACCUCAUUGGAUUCCCGUGAAAGUGGAAGCAGAUAUUUUCGUAUGA